AUGUCAUCCAGCCCUAGGGAGCACGAUGAAGCCAACCCAUGGCUGCGGCGGACCAGAUGGCCGGUGUACUUGACCAACAUCGCACCCAAUGAUCUGGUCAACUGCGUCCAGCGGCCCGACGAUGACACCACGUGCCCAGAUGAACUGGCCGCGAGGGCCAUCUGGGAGGCCAUGGGUCAGGUUGCCCGUACCAGCCAGCGAGUCAUCACACGGCUGGGUCACUUCGUCCGCAUCGAGGCCAUCCGCACAGAGCGACACCAGACCCGGCACACCCCGUUGCAGGCAUACAUGGACGAGGAGAGGAGAGCAUCGCCGAGCACCCCACAGUACCGGUUCACACCACGGCAGCGCAAGACAUGGAGGGUAUUAUGGCAGGUAGCCACCACAGAGGGAGCCGACCAGCGACACUCCAUCAGCCCAGACCCCAUGGAUGAGCAGAUGACUGAGGAAGAAGAAGAGGAGGAGGAGAAGGGACAGAGAGAUACCCAGCCAGAAGAAGAAGAUAAGUUCAAAUUAACCAAGAUGCAGAUGGCAUGUUUGGAUUUUUGCAUUGAGCUGCUGAACCAGCGGGUUCAGGUGGAGGAUUAUGAGUGCGCGCUGGUAGACGCGUUGGCGGUGCUGGGACGGGGGGAGUAUGGAUGGUGCGACGCGGAGAGCUACCCACCAAUAUUGUCACGGAUCAUCAAGGUGGCACGGUUAUGCCACACGGUGCUCAACGACCAGGUCAACUUCCGGCCCCAGAUGCAACAGCUCGGCAAGCUGAUGGCGGCCAAGACACAGAUGGUGCUGCUGACGGCCACACUGCCACCCGGUGAGGAGGAGAAGCUGUGGUCCCGCAUGCACUGCACCCGAGCGGACAUAUCAUUGUUCCGGGCGCGGACAUGCCGUCCAAAUGUGGCAUACCGAGUGUGGCAACCCAUCAUUGAAGGGUCAGAGUACGAUGGGCUCAACCGAUGGUUUCAAGCACCCAGCGUGGUCAGGUUCAUCCAGGACCGCAUGAGAUGGACGGGAGAAGGUAAGGGGGUGGUGUACUGCCAGGCAGUGAAUCAGGUCACGAUGAUGGCAAGCACAUUGAGAUGCGGGGCAUAUCACCACCACCAGAUCAACAAGGCCGGCAUACUGGAGUGUUUCCAGCAAGGUCAACACCAGGUCAUCGUGGCGACAAGUGCACUGGGCAUGGGAAUCGACAUCCCCAACAUCCGCAGCAUCAUCCACGUCGGACGGCCGCGAUCAUUGCUGGAUUAUGGACAGGAGAGCGGGCGUGCAGGGCGUGAUGGACAGGCCAGUGAAGUCAUCAUCAUUGAGCCCGAGGGUAUCAGUGCAGCAAUGAUAUGGUCAAGAAAGGAUGCACCAUCACUGCUGGACCAGAAGCUGGUUGAACGGUACAUGCAGGCAGGGUGGUGA